GCUACAAGACGUGUGAUCAACGAGUCGACGCAGAUGGAAACGGCACCAUCGACUUAAUCUCACAAUGAGGGACAUGGCGAAAGAAAAUGACAAGCUCCAUGAUGAAUUUGCAUCUACUUUCUCCACAUCGGAUGUCAAUGACUCGCUGAUGCAAGACCGUGAGAACAAAGAAGCAACAGAUGCUAUAGUGGAGACUUCAAUGAAGCAGGUCACGUUAUUGCAAGAGAAACAUGGACAAGCUGUAUCAAACAUUAGAGACAAACCAGAACAGUCUCUCAUAAAAGACUAUCAGCUUGAUCAGCGCAACAACGAGACGCCAAAGAAACUAGCUAUAAUCGUGCCGAGCUUGGCGUCGAUUGAGGAGAUGAGGACUUUGUUUCCGAAGAAUAUUCUGAGUGAAGAUGCCUCAAGCAUGGAGAAAAGAUCAGCUAAACAUGGACAAGACGAAGCUAACAACAAAACUCCAUUCUUGGAAGUGAACAUAUGAUUAUUGAUUAGAUAAAAGAGGUGCCCGCUCUGGCAGUUGAGUUCAUCAACUGGAUGAGUCUAGCAGAGUAUGAGUGUGUAAAGAUGACAUACGACUGUAGUACGCAAGCUUAUUUUGUUCUGGAUUAGCUUGUUGCCUACCGGUUAAAUUUGGUUAAU